AUGGUCGGCAUAAAGAAACUUGGUAUCAUUGCUGCCUUUUUGGCCAGCAGCCAAGUUCUAGCCAACCCCGCUGAAUCUUCCGAGGACCUUGACACCAGGGACUUCAACGAUGAAGCUCUGUUAGGAGAUAUGAUCCAUCAAACCCGGGCCCUGUGCCUCCAAGACCUGGACCUCCUCGUCCUCCCCGCCCUGAUGAGAGAAGGGGAAGAGGCAGAAGAGAUCUAUCUGAACGCCGAUACGACCCAUCAAACCCAGGCCCUGUGCCCCCAAGGCCCGGUCCCCCUCGCCCUCCCCGCCCUGAUGAGAGGAGAGGCAGAGGUAGAAGGGAUCUAUCUGCGCGCAGAUAUGAUCCAUCAAACCCGGGCCCUGUGCCUCCAAGACCUGGACCUCCUCGUCCUCCCCGCCCUGAUGAGAGGAGAGGCAGAGGGAGACGAGAUCUAUCUGCGCGCAGAUAUGAUCCAUCGAACCCGGGCCCUGUUCCACCAAAACCUGGACCUCCUCGACCUCCCCGCCCUGAUGAGAGGAGAGGCAGAGGGAGACGGGAUCUGUCUGAACGCCGAUACGAUCCAUCGAACCCAGGCCCCGUGCCCCCAAGGCCUGGUCCCCCUCGCCCCCCUCGUCCUGACGAGAGAAGGGGACGAGGUAGAAGAAGCGUUUAAAAGCUGGACGAACGCAGACCCUUUCAUGCUUCUUGUGUGA